UCUCUUUCUAUCUUUCAUCCCCAAUUUUUCUUGUAAUGACCAGAGCUACCGAGACAUUUGCUGUUAUGGCCAUUGUCAUUGUAGCCUACAUUGUCCUUUUCUUUGGUUUUGUACCUUUGCCAGAAACCAUCCAGGACAAGAUCAUCCCUGUGUUACCUUGGUGGGGAUUGAUGACCUUUGGUUCUUACAGUCUAGGAAACUUGGGCUGGCACAUCAUGACAUUUAGUGACUGUCCUGAUGCAUUCAAUGAACUUAUGCAUGAAAUUCAAGAAGCUAAACGCGAUCUUCAAUCGAAAGGCCUCGUUCUCUAAGAAUUAAAAAGAAGAAGAAAAAGAGACAUUAUAUCACUACACAAUACACAAUACACACUACAUCUGCACUCGCGCCACUCACACACUACGCUUACACCUACAAUUACACUACACAUAAACAAGUCGAUUCUCAUUUUUG